ACAGCACCAUGCAGGCCCUGGGGUGCCACCGGCUGUGGCCCCACUGGGGGCUUCUGCUGCUGCUGCUUGGGAUGCCCCCGCGAGGCCUGGCGCCACCACCCAUCCGCUAUUCCCAUGCCGGCAUCUGCCCCAACGACAUGAACCCCAACCUCUGGGUGGAUGCACAGAGCACUUGCAAGAGGGAGUGUGAGACCGAUCAGGAGUGUGAGACCUAUGAGAAGUGUUGCCCCAAUGUGUGUGGGACCAAGAGCUGCGUGGCAGCCCGCUACAUGGAUGUGAGAGGCAAGAAGGGCCCCGUGGGCAUGCCCAGGGAGGCCACGUGCGACCACUUCAUGUGCCUGCAGCAGGGUUCUGAGUGCGACGUGUGGGAUGGCCAGCCCGUGUGCAAGUGCCGGGACCGCUGUGAGAAGGAACCCAGCUUCACCUGCGCCUCGGAUGGCCUCACCUACUACAACCGUUGCUACAUGGAUGCCGAGGCCUGCUCCAAGGGCAUCACGCUGGCUGUGGUCACCUGUCGCUAUCACUUUACCUGGCCCAACACCAGCCCUCCGCCACCCGAGACCACUGUGCACCCCACCACGGCCUCUCCCGAAACUCCCGGGCUGGACUUGGCGGCACCUGCCCUGCUCAACCACCCCAUCCAUCAGUCGGUCACCGUGGGCGAAACGGUGAGUUUCCUGUGUGACGUGGUGGGUCGGCCCCGGCCUGAGAUCAGUUGGGAGAAGCAGCUAGAAGACAGGGAGAAUGUCGUCAUGUGGCCCAACCACGUGCGCGGCAAUGUGGCAGUCACCAACAUUGCCCAGCUGGUCAUCUACAAUGCCCAGCUCCAGGACACUGGUAUCUACACGUGCACGGCUCGUAAUGCCGCCGGGGUGCUGAGAGCCGACUUCCCGCUGUCAGUGGUCCGGCCGGGUCAGGCCACCACUACCUCUGAGAACAGCCCCAAUGGCACAGCCUUCCCAGCUGCUGAGUGCCUGCAGCCGCCCGAUGGCGAGGACUGUGGUGAGGAGCAGACCCGUUGGCAUUUCGAUGCCCAGGCCAACAACUGCCUCACCUUCACCUAUGGCCACUGUGACCGCAACCUGAACCACUUCGAGACCUAUGAGGCCUGCAUGCUAGCUUGUAUGAGUGGGCCACUGGCCGUGUGCAGCCUGCCCGCCCUGCAAGGACCCUGCAAGGCCUACGCGCCCCGCUGGGCCUACAACCGACAGAUGGGCCAGUGUCAGUCCUUCGUCUACGGUGGCUGUGAGGGCAAUGGCAACAACUUCGAGAGCCGCGAGGCGUGUGAGGAGUCAUGUCCCUUCCCACGUGGGAACCAGCGCUGUCGAGCCUGCAAGCCCCGGCAGAAGCUAGUCACCAGCUUCUGCCGCAGCGACUUCGUCAUCCUGGGCCGGGUCUCGGAGCUGACGGAGGAGCCCGACUCAGGCCGCGCCCUGGUGACGGUGGAUGAAGUCCUGAAGGACGAGAAGAUGGGCCUCAGGUUCCUGGGCCGGGAGCCGCUGGAGGUCACCCUCCUACAGGUAGACUGGGCCUGCCCUUGCCCCAAUGUGACGGUGGGCGAGACGCCACUCAUCAUCAUGGGUGAGGUGGAUGGCGGCAUGGCCACGCUGCGGCCCGACAGCUUUGUGGGCGCCUCUAGCACCCGACGCGUCAGGAAGCUCCAUGAGGUCAUGCACAAGAAGACCUGCGAAGUCCUCAAGGAGCUCCUGGCCUUGGCCUGA